CUGCGCUUCGUUAAAGCGAUCGUUAGCGAGAGGAAAUCAGCUCGCAACCGCGCAACCUACAGCUAAACCGUCGCCCUGCUCGCGAAUACGUUGCGUCGUGUAAUGUCAGCAGCAACUGUAACCACUGCCAAUCAAUCGCAAUCCCCCGAUCAGGGCCGAUGGGUUGUGAGCGUAUCUAUUGUGUGGUAGAAAAUUGAUGCACAUUCCUGGUAUAGAAAGUGGUUCUUUUUUCGCGUUUUUCUUUCUUUUUUUAAAGCUAUUUGACGAACGAAACGAAAUUUCCACUCCGCGAGCACGAUAGAGUGAGGUUUGGUAAAUCCGAUUACACAAAGCGUACAACGAUACGCACGGGAGAUGAGGUUUUUCCCUCCCGUAUAACUGACUACCGACCUCCGUGGUCCUUGAAGUAAUCUCGCUCACAAUCCUCCGGUGCGACCAGAUGCAUUCAAUAAAUGCAUCACCAGAUGUCAUUCGGAUCGGGUCGAGCUCUGCGAAAGGGACGCGAAUGAAAUAGUUUUGCCGAUUUUCCCAUCUAAGGUGGUGAGGGUACGACACGCACCACCACAAUCACUGACAUCACCACAAAGCUCUACCAGUUCCCGAGAUGGGUCGAUAAACCGAUUGGAAACAUAAAUUGGCAAUCAGGCAAUCCGGCGUGCGUAGUUUGGGGUGAGCUUUCUGGUUGGCCGACCAAGGAAGGAAGCUGGCACUGGCGCUACUGCUAUCUCGGGCCGGGUAAUUGGACAAGCCUCCGUCACCGCGUGGUGCGUGGUUUCGGUCGAUCGAUUUGCAUGAUUAAUGUUUAAUUCGGAAACGGAUCCGAGGGGUGGUAUCCUUCCUGUGUGGCUGAUUGAUACGUCUAAGCCCGGCCGGUGCUGGUGGCAUUUUAUUUUGAGGUUGAUAAAUGGAAACGAGAGGUUCAUUGGGGGAUGUCUGUUUUUUUGUUGUGAGGGUUCGAUUGUUGUUGAUGCAUCAUCUCCUCUCGCAUGUGGUGAGCAUGAGAGCAUUAGAGCAGAGCAAAACCAGAAAAACAUUUAAUGGCGGAAGUCAAAUAAUGUAUCUGCUGAUCGAGAUUACGUACAUGAUGGAUGGAGCUAAUAAAUUGAUUGUUAAACAUCCUUUCACAAUCGAUAGGAAAAAGCUAAUUAAAACAGUGGGAUUAAUUGAAGUUAUGAAACAAUGGGACCCAUAUCCAGGGAUGAGCAACGUGCAACUUGCCUGGAAAUGAGGUUGAAGAGCAAAAUAAUUACUAAGGUGAUAGAAAUACAGUUCAUAUUUCCUCGUCAUUGAGCUGUUCAUUUGAAGUUUGAUGUUCCUCUACUUGUAUAAAAUAAACUUGCUCGCCCCCAUGAUUAAAAGGUUGGCCACCACUGGAUCAGAUUAUACAAAAUGUAUGAUGCACUGAUAAUCCGGCAGAAUUGCGCUUACACGCGUUCCGCAUCCCACUCGGACGGGGGAGGUAGUGCUGAACUGGCUCCAUUAUGAUGACGCUAAUCCGCCUCAGCUGACGGUAAAGCUGUCAAACGGAGUUGGUUCACCAGCCACAGCUAACUAUCGAGCCGCACAAUCCAAUUAAAAAUGACAUUAAACUUUCUCCGGUAUCGGUAUAAAUCUUUUAAGACUUUGUACCAACUAUUUCCGACCGACUAUGGUGGUUGUACUCUUUCUGCUAUUUUCUUCUGAUUUUUUUUUGUUUGUGAGGAAAGCUACGUGCUUUGCGACAGGCAGCAGGAAGGGAGUACCCGAUGGCAUGAGCCGAAAGUGGUGAAGAAAAUGUGGGGCAAAACGACUCGAUGGAAAGUACAACGCUAAAGAGUAAACUAUUCAUCAAGAAUGAAAAAUCGGCUGCUCGGCGUACGUCGACCCCGGAAUCCAUGACCCAGCGGGCGGCGACCCAGCGGGGCAGCGGACCGGCAGCCGGCGGCGAUGGUGACUCCACCACCGAUCUGACGUCUGCGAUGGGGGGCGGCGGACCAAGUGGUGGUGGAGCAGGAGCAGGAGGAGGAGGAGGAGGAGGCAUGGCAGCAGCAACAACAACAGCAGCAGCUGCCACCAUGUUGACCAACGAGCGUAGAGACACGAAGGUAGACAUACCGCUGCCACAGUACAUGACGCCGUCGGCGGAGAAAUUUGCAGAUAAACGAGUUAAGAGACACAGCAUACACGGCAUGAUGGAGGAGGAGAAUGUGGUCCGACCGCAUCAGGAGAUUGCCGCCCUGUCGCUGGAGGAGAAGAAGUACUUGCUGGCAGUGGAGCGGGGAGAUGUCGCCACCACGCGAAGGAUCCUAGAGAAGGCGGAAGCGGAAUCGCACAUCAACAUCAACUGCGUCGAUCCGCUGGGCCGGUCCGCCCUGCUGAUGGCAAUCGAUAACGAAAAUCUCGAGAUGGUCGAGCUGCUCAUCAAUCACCGGGUGGACACGAAGGAUGCGCUGCUGCACGCGAUAUCGGAGGAGUUUGUCGAGGCGGUCGAGGUGCUGCUAGACCACGAGGACAGCUGUCACAAGAGCGGGGAUCCUCAUAGCUGGGAAGCACUGCCACCGGAUACGGCAACCUUUACCCCGGACAUAACGCCCUUAAUACUGGCCGCUCACCGUGAUAAUUAUGAGAUAAUUAAAAUUCUGCUCGACCGUGGCGCCACACUGCCCAUGCCGCAUGACGUACGAUGCGGCUGCGAUGAUUGCGUUACCUCCCGGAUGGAGGACUCGCUGCGCCACUCGCGGUCACGCAUCAACGCGUACCGUGCGCUGGCGAGCCCGUCCCUGGUUGCGCUCUCGUCCAAAGAUCCCAUCCUGACCGCGUUCGAGCUGAGCUGGGAGCUAAGGAGGCUGAGCUUUCUGGAGCACGAGUUCAAGAACGAGUACCAGGAACUUCGCCGACAGUGUCAGGACUUUGCGACGGCCCUGCUCGAUCACACCCGAUCGUCGCACGAGCUGGAGGUACUGCUCAACCAUGACCCCACCGGACCGGCCUUCGAGCAUGGCGAUCGUAUGCAUCUGAACCGGUUGAAGCUUGCCGUCAAGUUACGCCAGAAGAAGUUCGUUUCCCAUCCGAACGUGCAGCAGCUGCUGGCCAGCAUCUGGUACGAAGGAUUGCCGGGCUUCCGGAGGAAAAACAUGGCCCUGCAGGCGCUGGAAAUUGUACGAAUAGGCAUCAUGUUUCCGCUGUUUUCCUUCUCGUACAUCAUCGCACCACACUCGUCGCUCGGCCAAACGAUGCGCAAACCGUUCAUCAAGUUCAUCUGCCACAGUGCGUCGUACUUCACGUUUUUGUUUCUUCUUAUGCUGGCGUCCCAGCGCAUCGAGACGGUAAUGGGCGGCGUGUGGGGUGAGCCGGACGUGAGCCAGCAGCAUGACGAAGUGCCUACCAAGCGCGGUGCAAGCCCGACCUUGAUCGAGUGGCUCAUAUUGGCCUGGGUCAGCGGACUUAUCUGGAGCGAGGUGAAGCAGCUGUGGGACGUGGGCUUGCAGGAGUACGUGAACGAUAUGUGGAAUGUGAUAGACUUUGUGACCAACUCGCUGUACGUGGCGACGGUGGCCCUUCGAGUGGUGUCCUACUUUGAGGUCCAGAAAGAGAUGACGUACAACAAGUUUGCGGCGGACCUGCCGCGCGAAAAGUGGGACACCUGGGACCCGAUGCUGAUAUCGGAGGGCCUGUUCUCGGCGGCCAACAUCUUCAGCUCGCUCAAGCUGGUGUACAUCUUCUCGGUCAAUCCGCACCUGGGACCGCUGCAGGUAUCGCUCUCCCGCAUGGUGAUGGACAUCAUGAAGUUCUUCUUCCUGUACGUGCUGGUGCUGUUUGCGUUCAGCAGCGGUCUCAAUCAGCUACUUUGGUAUUAUGCGGAUCUGGAGAAGAAACGAUGCCCGGAUGUGUCCAGCUUUUCGGGGCUCAACAUUACUGCGACGGAUCCGAAUGCCUGUAUCGUGUGGCGCCGGUUUGCUAACCUUUUCGAAACGAUACAGACACUGUUCUGGGCGGUGUUUGGUCUGGUGGAUCUGGAAAACUUCGAGCUGGAUGGGAUCAAAAUCUUUACCCGAUUCUGGGGCAUGCUGAUGUUCGGCACCUACUCGGUGAUCAAUAUUGUGGUGCUGCUGAACCUACUGAUCGCCAUGAUGAAUCACUCAUAUCAAUUGAUAUCGGAACGGGCUGACGUGGAGUGGAAGUUUGCCCGCUCGAAGCUGUGGAUCAGCUACUUCGAGGAGGGCGGUACGUGUCCACCACCGUUCAACAUCAUCCCGACGCCGAAAUCCCUGUUCUACAUCUUCCAGUGGGUGAAGCGAAAGUUCUGCGGCCACUCGAAGGCGGUCAAGAAGGAGCACAUGAAAACGAUUCGACGGAAGGUAAAGCAGGCGAGCGAACGGGACUUCCGGUACCAGAGCAUCAUGCGCAACCUGGUGCGCCGGUACGUGACGGUCGAGCAGCGGAAGGCCGAAUCGCAGGGCGUCACCGAGGACGACGUGAACGAGAUCAAGCAGGACAUAUCGGCGUUCCGGUGCGAGCUGGUCGAGAUACUGAAGAACAGUGGGAUGAACACGGCCAUCGCGACGGGCCAGGGUAGCGGUGUCGGUGGCAAGAAGAACCGCCAGAAGGAGCGACGGUUGAUGAAGGGCUUCAAUAUAGCGCCACCGCCGGCACCGGACGCCGGUCAGCAUUUGACGCCCGUGUCGGAGUUUAUUGCGCAGCUGCCGGACCAUUCGCCGCACGAGCUGUUUGCGGGCGUGUUUGGCCCGGGGUUGACACCGAAGAAGGCACUGCACCAGGUGAAUCCGAUGCAUCAGUAUUCGUCGCAGUCGCAGAGCUCGUUCGGGGAGAACAACAACCCGAUCCAUCGGCUGGCAAAGCUGGCACCGAAGUUUAACUCCAAAAGUCGUCCAGGAUCGCACAAGAAGCGAUGGGGAACGCUUAUUGAAGCGGCCAAACAUGGCAGCGUGUCGAAGUUUAUCGGGCGCUCCCGAUCGGAAGACUCGGUGUGCAACCACGGUCCGGGUCGGGGCGAAUCGGCCAGCCACAGCAAUAGCCCGGCGUCGGAUGAAGCCAUCACGGAGUCACCGUCCGAUUCGAACCCGAGCCUGGAUCGGCCCGACGUCGAGCAGUGUCCGGAUCCACACAAGCAUCACAAUCAGCGCAGCCGGACGGACCGGGGGCACCAAGAUCGCCGGCAGCACGGUGGAAGUGAUCGUACGCAGCAGCACAGCAGCAGCGGGACGGCCACGGCGAACGGCAAGAACGGGCGGGACGGGAAGGAGCACGCGCACCACUAUCACUUGCAUUUCGGUGCGCUGGCAGCACUGAAGCGCAAGCGGAAAAAGUUCUCCAACAGCCGCAACUCCAGCCCGGUGCUGGAGCCACCGUGCGAGCUGCCCUCGGUAACGAACGCGAUCACUACGACGGGUAAUACAAGCAGUAAGGUACUGAAACGUGCUUCCAGCGUACCGACGCGCGGCGCAAGCGACGAACCGGAAGCGACCGGCAGCGUACGGCCGGCCCGGCACGAGGCAACGCAAAGCCAGCAGCACUCGAUCGAGCAGCAGCUCGAAGGUGCGGCACCGUUAACACCUUCCACCACGGAGGAGAGCGUCGAUCAGCAGCCGGCGGCAGGCGGUGCCGGCCAUCAGCUGGCCGUGCACAAGCACCAGAAGAUCAUCCGCGGCAGGAACAGCUCCAACGAACCGUUGCUACGCUUGCAGGAGCAUCGUGAUAGCAGUGAUGGUGGUGGUGGUGGAGGCGCUGCAGUAGGGGCAGGUGGAGCGUGUGACACGUCCGGCGGACCGGUCAGCACUGGUCAGUCGUUGGCCACGUCCACGCUACGCUCGGUGCCGAAGAUUCCGGGCGUAACGCCACUACGGGGGCAUUUACACUCCCAGGGCUGGUUAUAGGGGAGACGGUACGGCAAAGGGGUGCGACUAUUUGUAUGUAAAUAUGGUUGGUCGGCGCUCAAGGCGUUGAGCGCAUGCUAACGGAACAAUGAGUGUGUAAACUAGUCAAAAGCAUCAAUUCUAAACGUGGUGGCGAAGAAGUAAGGCGAAAUGGUUAAAGACGCAAGACGAGUUUGAAUGACAUCUCGGCAACUACUCUGCAGAUGGCUGGAGCAACGCGUUUCGUGUGAUGGUUGUAAGAAAAUUCCUUCUGUUCGAGGAGAGAGAUAGGGAGUUUUAGGGCCUAAAAAGGAACCGUAACGGGUCGUAACAGAGCCCGAUCCUGACCGAAUGAUCCCAUCAUCGGACGGUUGUCGUGCUGUCGUGCUAUAUGCCAUACACGGUCAACCUUUGGGCGACGAUGCUGAGAUCAUGGACACGAUCGGGAGCGGGAAAUGGAGUGCAACAGUGCAGUGUUGAAUGUUGGUGGUAGCUGUAAGGCAUAUAUAGAUGUAUAACGAUACCAAUACAAUACAAAAAGGGACCAGGUCUCUUUGAGGAGGUGCUCGGUGCGGCGAGCACACCAACAUCCCGUGGUGCCGCUGGGAGGAGUAGCUGUUAAACUAUCAUUUGUUAAGCUAUUGGAACUCGUACAGGAACAACCAAGAGAGGACAGCGGCUAGUGUAGCUGUAAGUACCGCUGCUUUCCCCAUACCGUUGGAUGUGUUGCUACCCAACAACGGAGACUCAUAUGACGCACCCCUGGAGACAGGGGGGGUCAUUCUCUUUUAAUCCGAUAGUCUGUAAGGGACGGUGUCGAUGCAAGCGCGCACACCUUAAACUACACACGAUACAUCUUAGGCACGAUAAGAAAGACAUACUACAAACCGGUCCGAAUAUCCAAUAAAGUGAGUUAAGCAGAUAGAUUACUUAUCAGCAUAAAGAGUAAAAACCAGUUGAUUAGUAGGGUGCCGAGGAGUGUAUAAGGAGUGACGGGGACACGCAAAUCGAGGAUCGGCAACAGUGUUUGAACGCUAACACACAUCAGACAUCCGAGUAAUUGAAAUAGCAAAACUUAACACAAGAAGUAAAAAGGAGGCCUUAUAAUAUGUAACAUGUAAACAUGAUGUGUAUGUGUAUCACGUAAACAAAAAGAGAAACAGAACAAACCACGGAACCACUAUAAUGAUAACGUACGUCUUCUCGCUUGCAAGGACGAUUAGACAGUAACAAAAACAACAAAACAAAGCAUUGAAUUGGGAUCGCGAUCAUUAGAGCAGAUGUAGAUGGAAACUUCGAUCAAAACGUAAAAAAACUAGUAAGCAACAUUAAACAAUUUAUUAGUCGUAAUUGGGAGCGAGAAAACCAUGUUCGCGUAGACGCUAAGACAAGUAUAACUAUACGUAGUGAGAGAACGAUAGAGAGAAAAAGGGAGAGAAAGAGAGAAGGUGGUUUGAAACGAAUAAAAGAUAAAAUUAUAAAAGAGGGUAGUCGUCGUGCUAAAAGCAAACUAGUAGCUAAACACGACAGAUUUAGUAGUGAAAAGAAAUGAAACAAAAAACUAUAAAUUACUAGCCGAACCGAAUAAAAAAAACAACAAAACAACAAAUGCCAUCGAUAGAAAUGUUUAAUCAAACAAAAUAGAAGAAACAAAACCACAAAAACACCUGUAAAACGACGGGAUUGGUGCUCACUGGGGCGAGGAGCGUAUGUAGAUAAGCGCAGACGAUUCAAAUUGACAGUUGACCGAUCGGUUUGUUGACGAAGGGCAGUGGGAGCUGUGUUUGUUGGUUCGUGUUGUGAAGGUGCAGAAAGGAAAGCUGUUGAAUUUUAGGAUGGGUGAAAGAAAAACUCGCAGAUUGAUAUGCAUAGAUAGGGAAAAGGGCAAUCGUUAAAACCCUCCGUCACAAACUCCACGCACGGUGCACGGGUACGCCAGAGGGCAGAGGAGGAGUGAAUAUUGUAAUAAAUAUUUAAUUUAUUUGACGAU